AUGUGGUCCUUCACAUGGUCAGCCGCUUGCCUAACAACCCUCUUCACCACCGUCCUCACCUCCCCAAUCCAACCCCGAGCCCAAGGCCCCUGGCUAGCCCUCGACACCAACUUCCCAGACCCCAGCUUUGUUCAAGCAGAUGACGGCACAUGGUACGCCUUCGGGACGAACGGUAACGGCAAGCGAAUUCAAGUAGCCAGCUCCCCGGACUUUAAUACAUGGACGCUCCUCGACAAGGAAGCCCUACCUACGCUGGCGGGGUGGGAGACGGAAGUUGAUCAUUGGGCGCCGGAUGUUGUUCGACGGAACGACGGAAAAUACGUACUGUACUACUCCGGCGAAGCCAAAGAAAUGGUCCGCCACCACUGCGUCGGCGUCGCCGUCUCCGAAUCCACAGAUCCCACAGGCCCCUACAUCCCCAACUCGGACCCGCUCUCCUGCCGACUAGACCAAGGUGGCUCCAUCGAUCCAGCGGGUUUCCUCGACAAAGACGGCAGUCGGUACGUGGUCUUCAAAGUCGACGGCAACAGCAUCGGGCACGGCGGGGACUGCAAUAACGGCGUUGAACCGCUCGUCGCGACACCCGUUUUACUGCAAAAGGUUGCAGAGGACGGGUUCACGCUUGUCGGCGAUGCAGUGCAGAUUCUAGACCGGGAUGAUAGUGACGGGCCGUUGGUUGAGGCGCCGAAUUUGAUUCUGCACGGGGAUACGUAUUUCCUGUUUUAUUCGACGCAUUGCUUUACCGAUCCGUUGUAUGAUGUGCGCUACGCUACAUCCAAGUCUGUUACGGGGCCGUUUGUCAAGUCCGGGAAGAAGUUGAUUCAGGGGGGUGAGGGUAAUGGGGGUGGGUUGAACUUGACGUCGCCUGGGGGAGGGACGGUCUGUGGGUGUGGAGAUAAGAUGCUGUUUCAUGCGUUUUGUAGGGAUGAUGUGAGGUGUGCUUAUGCGGCAAAUGUGUUUAUUGAUGGGGAGAGUGUUAGUAUUGCUUGA